AUGGCGCUAGCAAAAGGCGAAGAAAAGGGUGAAUCCUCGACCGCCGCCUACAAGGCGCACGCGGCGAAUCCGACCGGCAAUCCCACCUACGAGCUCCCCUGGGUUGAGAAAUACAGGCCCGUAUUUCUCGACGACAUUGUGGGCAACACAGAGACCAUCGAGCGGCUAAAGAUCAUUGCCCGCGAUGGCAACAUGCCGCACCUCAUCAUCUCGGGCAUGCCCGGUAUUGGCAAGACGACCAGCGUGCUGUGCCUGUCGAGGCAAUUACUAGGCGACUCAUACAAGGAAGCGGUGUUGGAGUUGAACGCCAGUGACGAGAGAGGUAUCGAAGUCGUCCGGCAACGAAUCAAGGGCUUUGCCCAAAAGAAAGUCACCCUCCCGCAAGGGCGACACAAAAUCGUGAUCCUCGAUGAAGCCGACAGCAUGACCUCAGGCGCGCAGCAAGCCCUCCGACGAACGAUGGAGAUCUACUCCAACACCACACGCUUCGCCUUCGCAUGCAACCAGUCCAACAAGAUCAUCGAGCCGCUGCAGUCACGCUGCGCCAUCCUGCGGUACGCCAAGCUGACAGACGCGCAGGUGGUCAAGCGGCUGCUGCAGAUCAUCGAGGCGGAGAAAGUCGAGUACAACGACGAGGGGCUGGCGGCGCUGGUGUUCAGCGCCGAGGGCGACAUGCGGCAGGCCAUCAACAACCUACAGUCGACGUUUGCGGGGUUCGGGUUCGUGUCGGCCGACAACGUGUUCAAGGUGGUGGACUCGCCGCACCCGAUCAAGGUGCAGGCCAUGCUCAAGGCGUGCUACGAGGGCAACAUCGACUCGGCGCUCGACACGCUCCGCGAGCUGUGGGACCUCGGCUACUCGAGCCACGACAUCAUCAGCACCAUGUUCAAGGUCACCAAAACCAUCCCGACGCUGAGCGAGCACGCCAAGCUGGAGUUUAUCAAGGAAAUCGGGUUCACGCAUAUGAAGAUCCUGGAGGGCGUGCAGACGCUGUUGCAGCUGAGCGGGUGUGUCGCGCGGCUGUGCAAGCUGAACAUGGACCCGGCGAAGUUUGAGCUGGCUACGAAGUGA